GCGGUGCACACGGUAACAUGGAAGGGUUGAUAGAGGGGGAGCGGUUGCCGCAGGACACGGUUCGUUAUAGGCUUUACCUCAGCGGCGAGGCUUUACCCUCGGAUCCCCAGGCUUGUAGGGAUGUGUUGGAGCGACAGCUGGAGAGAAUGAUGGGCCGUUUGGCCCUGCUCUCCGCAGGGUACAUCUGGCACAAUGAGGCCUUCAGCCUGCGGUACACGGCGGCCCGGGGAGACAUUCCUGCCCAUAUUGGUGGUAUGACGAACUUUGGUGAUAAUGUGGAUGACGAAUGGUUGAUUGUAUACCUUAUUCAACAGGUCACCAAAGAGUUCCCAGACUUUGUGGCAAGCAUAGAGGAUGAUGAUGGAGACUUCUUGUUGAUAGAGGCUGCCAAGUAUCUGCCCAAAUGGUUGAACCCUGACACCAGUGUAAACCGGGUAUAUUUCUAUCAUGGAGAGUUGCACAUCAUCCCACUCCCUCAGAACCCAGGGGAACUGUCUUGGUUACCAGCUAGCAAUCCCACCAUCCCUCAGGUCCUCAGCCUGCUCCCAACUCAUUCUGAAAAGUGCCUGGCAGCAGAGCCUAUUCGCAAAGCUAUAAACAGACGUAUUCAAAGUUAUCCAGAAAAGAUUCACAAUGAUCAACACCGAGCUUACUGCUAUGUUCCAGCAGGUAUAGCUGCAGUGCUAAAGCGUCGUCCAGACCUAUUGGCACCUGCUAUCCAGGCCUUCUAUCUACGCGAUCCAAUUGACCUACGUGCUUGCCGUUCCUUUAAGUUAUUUCGUCCUGAGACAUGUGUAAUGACUCUGGUGACAUUUACAAAAUGUCUGUAUGCCCAACUACAGCAGCAGCAGUUCAUGCCAGAUAGACGGAGUGGUUAUGUGCUGCCAGCACGAUCUGACCAGAACUUCAAAGCACAUGCACUGGGCAUGAAACUGGCCCACGGUUUUGAGAUCCUGUGUUCCAAAUGUUCCCAGCCUUUGACUAGUGUUAAAGCUGGAAAUGCUGUCUCCUGUGACCCCCUCUGGGAAGGAUUUCUAAACAGCCUAAAGAAAAAUGCCUAUUUCAAAGGAGAGCUGGAAGGUUCUGUACGAUACAGAGAACUGCUCCAAAUGGCAGAGAUUUACUUCCAACAGUCUGUCGCCAGACCUAAAAGUUCAUCUACUUUAAGCCCAGGGGAACAGACUUUGCAGCUUUUGCAAACUCUGUCGUACAGUGUGGAAGAACUACAGAAAGAAGGGGAGAGCCUUCCUCCAGAGGAUGAUGACAGUUGGUUGAAUAUUUCACUGGAGGAGCUGGAUCAGAUGCUGGAGGAAGCCUCUGGAACAAAACUGCUAAAUUCUUCCAGACAGGAGGAGGAGGAGCAGGAGGAUUAUGAUCUGGAUGACAUCACCAAGUGUAUGAAGGCAUUUGUGUCAAAGGUUUCCUCUCACGAAGGAGCAGAGGUGCCACGAUCUUCAGCUAACAGUCAAGUUCAAUUUGACGUCAACUCCUUCACCAAUGCUUUGGAAAAGAUUCUAGGGGUAGAAUCAGAACAGCUGGAUUCUGAUGAUCUUGAAGAGGAGGAGGAGGAUAUUGAUUUAUUGGACAGUGACGAAGAAUUUGACAGAAAAGACGAAAACCCAGAGGAAUGUGUUUCAGCAAAUAAAACAUUAGAGAAUAUCCGAGACUACAUGGAGCAGAUGGAUCGGGAGUUAGCUGGCACCCACAUUGGCAAAAGUUUUACCAAAGUCACCAGUGAGGUUGACAUGGACAACCCUGAUCUAGCCAAAACAGCACAGGGUGAGCCAGGGACAGAGUCAGAAGAGGAUUUGAAUAUGUUGCCUGUGGAUGUGGAUUUGAAUCUAGUAGAGAACUUAUUGGAGUCUUACAGCUCACAAGCUGGCCUACCCGGACCUGCAUCUAAUAUCUUGCAGAGCAUGGGGCUACGGCUACCAGAUAACAAAGACAAUGCCAUGUAAAAGAGGAAUGUCACAUAUUGGCUCUGUCAGGUGAAUACUUCCUAAACAGAUUUUCAUCAUCCAUUCUGUUCCACUGUGAUCUCUUUAGUCUUCAUCUGCUCCAAGAUGUGUUGUUUACUUAGGGCUACUAUUCCAUCAUUAGAGACAAGGAGCCUUUAAAUCAGAUGUUGGUGUAGCUGUCUCUUUUAAUUUGCCAUGAAUUGAAAACACUUUUUAAAGGCACUGGAAUCAGAGUGUUCACCUUUUCAUAUUUUAAAACUUUCCUUAAAAUCGUACAGAAAAUAUUUUUGUAACUGUAAAUAAAUGAAAACUUAAACAACAAAACUUCCAAAUAAUGAGGUACAUUGUCGUUAUUGUUAAGAUUAUUCCUCUUAAAAGAAUUUGCAGAGUAUCAGAUAAUGUAAUGGGUUUGUGUGGUGAAUACACCUUCCAGCAUAAUUUUAUCACCCAUUCUGCUGUCUGUAGAUAUUAUGGAUAUCUUCUCAUUUGUGUUC